AGCAGUUCGCUGGUAAAUGGGGCGUACUCACAGCAGCCUGGCCUGCAGGAAGGAAGGAAGCAGGAGUUGCCACUGAGACACAAGUCCACUCGCGCAAAGGAGUGAAAUCCACCCGGAACUACAGCCAUGUGAAACACACAGAGCAGACUUUCCCGGACGACUUCCCAACUUUUUCCCUCGUCGCACCUGCUGCGUCGGUUACCUGUAGCAAUGUGAACAGGAAAAAAAUGGCGACACUGCAGCCAUACAGUCCUAAUGAACUUCUGGAAAUUGACAUUGCUGAUGAUGCCCAUUAUUCCGACGGAGAAAACGAUGUUUUCGUUAAUUCUGCUGGAUCUCGCGGCGAAGUGCUACCUGUCUUUCCUCAAUGGAUCCCUGCAGCGCCACAGUCGGGGUCUGUCAGCUCUAAAGCCGGCGAAUCCCAGUCCGGGACACCGUAUCCGUCAAACUCUUCAUUUGUACCCCCGGAGUGUGAUCGCUAUAACUCCGAAAGCCUUGAAAAUGUUAAAAACACGAACAUGGCUAGGGCAUCCAUCGUCGACUGUCUCCUCAUUGAGCUGUAUGACACGUAUACACUUUGCAGCGCAAAAAGCGUGGAUAGUGUGGACAGUUCGACUGAAGCCUCCAGUUCGGACGCCUUUCUGGGCAGGAGCAACACAGAGUCUACGUUUGUGCAGGAGUUGCAGGAAAGACUGACCAAGAAACAUCAGAAACGUUAUUUACUUCAGAAAGACAUUGAUGAACUGAAGAGAAUUGUACAGGAAAUGAACUAUCGCAUUGGAGUUCAAUCUGCAAAGCUUAUUCGCCAACUGAAGAGGAAGGACCGGUUGUUGAAUAAAGUGCAGAAAAACAGUGAUAUUGUAACAGCCUGUUUACAAGCGGUAUCACAGAAACGAAGAGUGGAUACAAGGCUGAAGUUUACUCUAGAACCAUCUCUGGGAAAAAAUGGAUUUCAGCAGUGGUACGAUGCUCUUAAAGCCGUUGCAAGAUUGCCCACAGGGAUACCGAAGGAGUGGAGGCGAAGAGUUUGGCUGACAUUAGCAGAUCAGUAUCUUCAUAGCAUUUCUAUAGACUGGGACAAGACUAUGAGGUUUACCUUCAAUGAGAGGAGCAAUCCUGAUGAUGACUCAAUGGGUAUACAGAUAGUAAAGGAUCUCCACCGUACUGGAUAUAGCUCUUAUUGUGGACAAGAAGCUGAACAGGACAGAGUUGUGCUGAAACGGGUGCUUCUAGCAUAUGCCCGCUGGAAUAAAACUGUUGGCUACUGCCAAGGAUUUAAUGUCCUGGCUGCUCUUAUUCUGGAGGUUAUGGAGGGCAAUGAAGGUGAUGCACUAAAGGUUAUGAUAUAUUUGAUUGACAAAGUGCUUCCUGACAGCUACUUUGCCAACAACCUGAGGGCUCUGUCAGUCGAUAUGGCUGUUUUCCGAGACCUACUAAGUGUCAGGCUCCCCGAUCUCUCACAGCACCUGGAUAAUCUGCAGCGGGCUGCCAACAGAGACAGUGGAGGAAGUUAUGAGCCACCACUUACCAACGUCUUCACCAUGCAGUGGUUCCUGACCAUGUUUGCUACUUGUCUUCCCAAACACACUGUUCUAAAGAUCUGGGAUUCCGUGUUUUUUGAAGGAUCUGAGGUGCUGCUACGGGUCGCCCUAGCUAUUUGGGCUAAACUUGGAGAGCGGAUUGAGACUUGUCAAAGUGCAGAUGAAUUCUACAGUACCAUGGGAACCCUAACCCAGGAAAUGCUUGAAAACAACCUGAUUGACUGCAAUGAUCUUAUGCAGACAAUUUAUUCAAUGGCAGCAUUUCCAUUUCCACAGCUUGCAGAGCUGAGAGAGAAAUAUACUUACAACAUCACUCCAUUCCCUGCUUCAGUGAAGUCUUCCACAUCAGAAAAAUUAAAUAAAUCCAGAGACAGUGAUGAUGAGAUUGACAUGGAUGAUGAAGAUGCACUUGUCAGUACUGUAGGCUGUCUGGGACCAUUGAGUGGUCUACUGGCACCAGAGCUCCUGAGAUAUCAGAAGCACCUAAAAGACCAAGCAGAAGAAAACAGUGUGCGGAGCAGUAACAUUGCAGAGCUGAGUCCAGGCGCAAUUGACUCUAAUCGCAGUGAAUACCAGGCAACUUUCAACAGCAUGAUGAUGGAGAGGAUGACCACAGAUAUCAACGCUCUCAAGAGGCAGUACUCUAGGAUUAAACUAAGACAGCAACAGCAGGCCAACCUUAUCUACAUUAAAGCAGGAGCUGAGGAGAAAAAAAAUCCUGGGAUCAUGAGUGGUCCUGGGAGCCAGCUGAAUCAUGAUAAAGGACCCAUCACAAGCCUUCUGCCUUCUCAGAUUCACCAGACCCCAGUUAUAAAUCAUCUGCUUUUAGGCAAAAAGAUUAAAUCAAAUCAGAGAGGCUCUAGGAAUACCAUUGUGCACAUGCCUGGCACCCAUGAAGACCUGAAGUCAAAACUGAAUUCUCCAUGGCGCACCCAUGUGAGGGUGCAUAGAAAAAAUCUGGCCCGGGCAAAAGGUCAGCUUGGCUACGGAGAUACAAUAGGGUUAAUUCAAGAACAGGGAGAUAAAAGCCCAAAAGCAGACUUGAUUCAUAUUCCUGAAAAUGUAGUAAUUAAGGAUGAGAAGGAAGAGGAGGAGGAGGAGGAGGAGGAGAAUGAGGUGGUGAAGGAAGAUGUGGAAGAGGAGAAACCAGAGAAUUCUGGAGAAGAGGCUGAAAGCAAAAUACCAGAACAAGUUUACAGGGAUGUUAAUGCCAAUAUCACUGAGAUGCAGUGUCAACUUGAAGCCCUAGAGCUGAAGCCCAGGGGACUGCCAAACACAGAGCCUACCAUGUCAAAGAGUGAGAGGAAGGUGUCAGACUCAUCAGGCUCCGAAAGCAACAGCUCUCGAAAGCUGUCCACAGCAGGCUUUGUAAAAGCUCCAGCCUUCAGCCCUUUUCCUAGUGUCAAGCCCCCCAGGAAAUCGACAGCAGCUCGUAACCUUGGACUUUAUGGGCCUACAUCUCGAACACCCAGUGUGCAGUUUCCACAGAUAAGCAAAAGUGUGAAUCGGUCAGGUAGUAGUGGAACCAAGAUACGGUGAUGAAGCACCUUUUUUUUUUUUGUUUUGAUUUUGGGAGAUAAUGUAGUUGUAUACGCUGUAUUAGUAUGCAGUAAAUCUAGAAGCUGACAGGAGAGCAGACCUAAAGUAAGUGCUAACUUGGCUUAGGGUAUUUUGUGGAAUCACAGAUAGACAAGAACACCUAUGGUAGUAGAGAGUGGAGGUGUCUGGGAAGAUACUCUGAGCCUCAGCCGUAAACUGACAUUGUAUUGUAGCUGUCCCUCUAGUGGCAAUGGUGGGAACUGCAAGUGAAAGGCACACAUGAUGUCACCAGGACUACCAGGGUCUAAGAGCACAUGUAAAACUGGUCAUUUCUGAUAGAAGAAACUAAUUCUAACUUUCCCACUUGAUGAAUAUGUUGGUUAUGUAGCUGUUGCUUAAGGACAGUGGUGCUAAUGUUGCAUCUUAUUCACAAAAUUGCAAGUAUUCAUAAUUUACCUUUAAACUUUGCCAUAAUGUUGCAUAUUGAGAGAGAGAAAAAAUAUUGCUAACUAUAUUUUAUAUUUAAGUCCAGAUAUUAGAUUGAAUAUUUGUCCCUGAGCAUCUCUUCUAGAAGAGUAAGUUUCCAGACUACAUUAAUUGUGUGUGUGGGUAAUUAUUAUACUAAGAUGGCAUGCACGUAUUGUCUUUUGCUUUUUGGAAGAUCAAGAUAUUUGCAAGAAACCAUUUUUGCACUUUUUAAAUUUAGAAUAAUAAAAAUGUUAUUCUGAUGAAAUGUACUCUUUGGCCAGUGUCUGAGCAGAUUUAGAUUUGGUGUUUCAGUCCACUAAAAAAGUCAAAUUACAGCCGGCCUAAAUUGCACAGAUUCUAAGUUAUUAAUAAUAUAUAAUUUAUGGCAUUCUUAACAGCAUUGCCAUAUUAUGAUGUAUACUAGUUUAUUUGUAAAUAACUUUCAAAAUGUUGCUGCCUUAGGAGCUGAUGAUUUUAUGAUAUUGUAUACAUCUGCAAUACUUAUGAAUUAAAAAAGAUCAACUUGGAGGAAAAUUGGAAAAAUAUUCAGAGUAAUAUCCUUGAUACAACAAGAAAAAAAAAUAAAUGGCAUUAAGAUGUUUGAUGUAAAUAAGUUUAGAAAGUUGUGCAACCCAGAUGGUCUCUCUAUGAUGAGGAAAAAUGAGCAGACAUGCUUUUGUGUGGUGAUUUUCUUUCUAUUAACAAUUAAAGAUUCCAAUUUGAGUAUUUUCCCUAUCUCUGAAAGUCUGCCACAAAUGAGAUUUUUGUUCUUUCAGAUUUAUCCUGUGUUGUUAGGAACUUUCCAAGUGAUACUUAUUUCGGACUAUUCUGUAGAUAUUUAUGAGUCCAUCAUGAUUUAUAUGCAAAUACAUUAUGUGCACAUUCACAUAGGAGAAUACUUGAACCCUUCAUACUGUUGUAAUAACAUGAUAAAGAUUAAAGAGUCUGUUGUUGUCAUUAAGUAUUCAAUUUUGCUCCCUAUGCAGUCGUUUAGUUGCAUCAACACGUGUCUGCUGCAUUUACAUGUUUCUCCACUAUUCUUGUGCUGGUGUGAUAUCUUGACCAGUGUUUAUGGAUAACACAGAGGCCUACUGUAUGAACAGUGUUGUACAAGGUCGCUGUGUGUUACCAGUUUUCUGGAUUAAAGCAUCUUCUGCUGUGGAUAAGGUUAAGGGAUAUGCAGAUAUUGGUGUUUAGUGUGAAGUGUCCUCAGUAAAUUUCCAGAGUUUUGCAGACAAUACAAAAAAUCUUAUAAGGCACCAGAAAAGUGUAUCUUUUGUAUAUGCUUGUUGUCCUGGAAUGUAAGUACCAGUCUGCAGCUUGAACUGUGAUGACAGGUUGCACAACUGCAGCACAACCGAGGCGUUUAGUACUUCAGGUCUAGUAUGUUUGUGUCCACCACAUGAACUGUAAACUUGGUUUUAUUACACUUUGUUUGACAUUUAAAAGCCCCUUCUACUGCCAACUUGAGCAUCAUUUAAGAGGGACACAGUUGAUCUUCAAGAUUUUUUUUGUGUCACUUGUCUGAUGUGCCAGGUUGCCAACCAUUAGUACAAUUGUGUACGGUGUAGACGACAUGCCUUACUGCCAACAGAGGGGCCAGAUAUAUAAUGGUCAUCUUAAAGUAGUUAUUACAAGUAGGCAUGUUCAGAGAAAAGAAGUAGCUUUCUAUAUUCAUAUACCUGCAGUUACUCCAAAUGUGUCUUCUAGCCUGAGGCAAUGUCCCAGCUUCCAUCUUUUGUAAUUUUUGUGUCCUAUUCAACUUUGAAAAUUAUACUAAAUAAUUUGGUUAAAAAAGAUUAUAAUAUGGGAUUAUACCUCACCCAAAUAUUGUUCUGCAACAGCAUGCAAGAAUAUGCGACCACUGCCUGGCUUGUGGCAUGAAUUCCCAAGAGGAAUGAUUUUCUGAUCAGGAUUGUUUACCAGUAAUUUCUGUAAAUGCAGUCUCAUUUUUGUUUGGUUUUGACUGUGAUACGGAGCUUUUGUAAAUGAGUAUAUGAAAAAGUGAUGUUGAAAAUGGAUGAAUUGAACUGAAUGUAAAUAAAAAUAUGCACAUUGAUGAGCACUUA